CCAGGAUGUUGCUGUAACACUCUCCAUGUCCUCCCCACCACCAAGCAACAUCCUCGAGGAUCCCAUCGGGGAGCUCGAGGCUGCCAUCCGCGCCCACGCUUUCGGCAUUGACCCCCUCUCCCACGUGCUCGUUGGCCAGUCCUACCCACGCACGAAUGCCGAGCGUAUAGCUGUGGCCUCAGAAGCCCGCUCCAACAAGCAGACGCCAGAAAGCGUGCGCGCGCGAGCCAAGGUCGUGCUCCUUGAGAACGAGGGGGAGGCUGAAAUUGUGCUUGACCAGCGGGGAUACACUAUCGAGAGCACAACUGCCACCACCGAUCUCACAGCACGCACUUUCGAGUCUUUCGACGCGCUCCUCAUCGCCCUCUCUCCGGCGUAUGUACGCGCCAUGAAUGCCGCCGUUGCCGCGCGGUUCGCCGAGGGCGUUCCAGAACGGCGAUAUCACAGCCAUGAGGAUGAGGACGAGGAGGAGCCAAAGUGGAUAGACUAGACUGUUGUGCGCGUGCAUCGGAUAGCGCGCCAACAUUAGCAUGCAUGGCGCGCGCUGCAGGCUCAAGCGCGCAGUAUGAGGCCCAUGCGCGAAGCUGCUUCGAUCGGAGGG